AUAGAAAUCCAGAAAUACCAGAAAUACACGACCACACUUACACCUACAUAUGUAGCCAAGAGCUUAAGACAUUGAAAAUGAAGUCAAAUGAUCUGUCAACCCCUUUCUCUUAGCUAAUAACCUGAUGAUCUAUUCUUUAUAUCCUAUUUAGUUGGUUUACAGUUAUGAGCCGAUCCUAUCCUCUCUAACGUGUUUACUCUCCUUUCCAACAGCAUCUCCCAAAUAUUUAUUCUCGUGUCCCGGGCCUUGAGAUAAGCAUCAAUGCCUAGAAAUUCUCGGUGGAAAUUCUCAACCUUCUCCUUCUCUCCAAUAUGAAUUGAGUCUAACGAGCCAGUUCACAUUUUCUUUGGAUUCUUUACAAAAUGGAAUCACCAUUUCCCAAGUCGGCAUCCAUCCCCGGAGAGGGUCGAAUAGUUGCCAAGCUUACACCCAACAAUGUCUCUGCGCUUGAGAGUAUGACCUACCAAUAUCCUCUAAAGCUUAUAUCGCCUGCCUCUGCCGCUGAACAGGGAAGCGUCUUGGUGUUCCUUUUAUCAUAUGGCGGAGGCAUUGUUGGCGGCGACCAGAUCAACCUCUCUAUCGACGUUCAACCAAGUGCGAGACUCAGCAUUGUUACUCAAGGGCAUACCAAAAUAUUCCGGCCCACGCAACCAGAUACUGUGACAAGGCAGAAUCUUCAAGUCGAAAUCAAGGACGGAGCUGCCCUCUGCCUUGUUCCAGAUCCUAUUCAGCCGUUUGAAGGUAGCGUAUACGAGCAGAUCCAAACGUUCAAGUUGACCGACGAUGCAUCUCUAUGCUUGUUGGACUGGGUUACUCAAGGUCGUGUUGCUCUGGGCGAAAAUUGGAGUCUCGAUCGAUGGGUCGGACGCAAUGAAGUUUGGUCUACUUCUGAUGCCGCAACUUCUAAGGAUCGGCUUUUGGUCCGUGACAAUAUCAUUCUUGAUAGUAAGAAUAGACCUCCCGGGUCGCCCUCGCUUCGAGAGUCGAUGUACGGUCAAGCAAUCAUGGGAACUUUGAUCCUCCGAGGCCCAAUGACCGAAUCCAUGGGUGAAUUCUUCCUGGCCGAGUUUGCCGCACUGCCGCGAAUAGGUGCUCGAGAUUUCCGUAGCACCGAAGCACGUGAAAAAGACGAAGCACUACCUCAAUCCGCUCUUGAAAGCUGGAGAGCUAGGAGGCUAGACGAAGAGAGGGAUAAACAGAUCCUCUGGUCAGCCGCCAACGUACGCGGUUGCAUCGUUGUAAAAUUCGGCGCGGCGACUGUUGAAGGUGCUCGAAACUGGAUAGGGUCGAUGCUGUAUCAGGAAGGCAGUAUUGAACGGCACUUUGGUGAACAAGCACUAAUGUGUGUUCGAUGAUGAUCCCUUGCAUCUCGACGGUGUUAUGAAGGUCACGAGGAAGCAAACUACUUAGUACAUAACGAACUGUAAAUUGGAGAAUAGGGCAUAUAUUCAAGCCACCUAUCUUAAGGUAGCGCAUUGCUUUAUACCCUUAGCGCUUGGUAGAAGCCUUCGAGGCUUGCUGACUAGCAUGUUUUUACCCAGAUAUGCCAACGAUGGAGUUCUAAUGCAAAUCCGAUAUGUAUAGAGGAUAGAAUUUUGUUCAAAAGUAAAAGUUAAUUUCAAUAACCAUUAAUUCAUAAAUAACAGGUAGGCAAAUAAGGUAAUUCAAGGCGAAACUUCUAAUCCUAAGUUUCUGAUCCUUUCCGG